UUUAACAAUUAAUUGCCUAUAAAGACGAGUUUAUUUUGAUAAAAAUUAAACCAUCGUGUAUUUAAGUGUAUCAAAAUUUUGUUUUUUAUUUCUCAAUAUUGAAAGUGACCAAUUAAAACAAAUAAUUUUGUUUUCGUGUUAUAUAGAUAAGCAACAUAUUUCCAAGGUCAGGGGGAGUGGCUUUGAGUAAAUUGUUUCUUUGAAAACUCCUAAAUUUCCAGACUGUUAACAUUUGCUAAUUGUUUGUGCAACUGUUGUGUUUCUCCAAAUUUCGCGAUUUCUGUACUUCCCUGCCAUUUCUAUUGACAAAAUCAGCUGUUUCCGAGGUCAGCUGAGUCAAUUUGACGUUUUAUUUAUGUUUUUAUUUGUGCACCAAAAUGGCAGACCUGAAAUCUCUGGAGCAUCCCACGUUGAAGGUGCCAUACGAGAUCCUCAAUAAGAAAUUUCGAACUGCGCAAAAGUCCCUCGACAGAGAAGCCUCCCACGUGCAGCAGGCCGCCCGCGAGCUUGAGACCACCAUCUCUGGGGGUAAUGUAAGAGCCCGCGACAUCACCUCACUUCUUGGAGGCAUGGUGGAGAAACUCCAAGUGCUGAAACGCAAGGCCGAGGAGAGCAUCUCCGAGGAGUUGGCCGCUUCCAAUGUGUGUAAGAGGAGGUUGGAGCACUUGAAGGAGCGCGAGACGCUCACAUCGGCAGGGACGAUCUCGCAGGGGGCUGUCAACCAGUGGAAGAGGAAGCGAUUGGAUAGGAUGAUGGUGGAGUAUUUCCUCAGGAACGGGUAUUACAAUGCAGCGAUAACUCUAGCAGAAAAGAGUGAUAUAAAGGAUUUGACUAAUAUUGAGAUUUUUUUAACGUCUCGCGAAGUUGAGAAAAGUCUUGCAAACCAUGAGACGUCCAAGUGUUUGAUUUGGUGCCAUGACAAUAAGUCGAAACUUCGUAAGCUUAAGUCAAAUAUGGAGUUUAAUUUGAGGAUCCAAGAGUUUGUUGAACUGAUCAGGUCUGAGCGCAGAAUGGACGCGAUUAAGCACGCAAGGAAGCAUUUUCCGAGUUUCGAAGACGAGCAUUUAGACUCGAUUCAAAGGGUUAUGGCGCUUUUAGCGUUUCCGGUCGAUACAGAAAUAAAACCAUACAAAGCCCUGUUUGACGAGACCAGGUGGGACACCCUCAUCGAAGAGUUUAGACAAGAAAACUACCGACUGUUCCAAUUAGCUUCACAGUCUGUUUUUACAGUGGCUCUUCAAGCUGGACUUUCAGCACUUAAAACACCUCAAUGUUAUUCCGAUAAUGGGGAAAAUAGGAAUCCCUCCUGUCCAGUUUGCCAACCUUGUCUCAAUCAGUUAGCAGAGUCUUUGCCUUUCGCCCAUUGCUCACAAUCACGUCUUUAUUGCCAUAUUAGCGGAUUACCAUUAAAUGAAAAUAAUUUACCUAUGAUGUUGCCCAAUGGAUAUAUUUAUGGAGAACAAGCGCUAGAACAAAUGGCGAAGGAAAAUAAUGGUCAAAUAAUUUGUCCCAAAACGAAAGAAAUAUUUCCAUUUAAGAAAGUCGAAAAAGUUUACGUUAUGUAAAUGUGAUAUUUUUCUUUUUUUUAUAUAGUAUUGAUUAUACCUCUCUAUCGUUUUUUUUUUAGUUGAUAAGUUGAGUUAUGUUAAGUACUCAUAGGGUUUCAGUUUUUUGUGAAAUUACAUUAAGUAUGCUUCUCGAAAUAAAAAUAUAAUUUAAU